UGAUAUAGGAAUUGAAUAAGUAAUAGAUUUCUUUCAACUACAACUUAUAUGUGUUUUUUUGUCAAUACUAUUAUCUUGGUUGUAGCUGUGGGUGUGUGCGGCGCGAUUGUGUGUCGGCAUUAUGAUUGUACGCUUAUUAUUAUGGCCGCAUACGAAGUAAUUUCCAAGUUAGCUUUUCAGUUGAGUGCCGGGACAGCUGGAGAACGCGUUGUGCGUCCAGAUCGCGAACGACGGCCGCCUGUCGGAUUCUUCAGACUCAUUCUCGUUCUCGAUUUAAGUCGUUAAUUGUCGCGCUAAGUGCUCCGCUUUGUGUGCUGACCCCAAACACUUUUUGACAUCCAACCGAACAGUGCAAGUUGCGAAAUACGAGAACAUAAGCAUGACAUUGCUCCGAACUCAGCAAAAGUUCUAAUUAAAGUUUUCGGAUUUUGAAAUGCAAAGUGCUGUAAAGUUGUGAAGUGUAUCUUAAUCUGUUUAGCAAAUGAUCUUAAGAUUUUGUAAGCCAAAGAUACAUUUACAAGUUUGCCGCUCUCUAGUUUGCUAGCGGUUUGCCGCCCCGUGAGAGAGCUUUCCAGUGCACACCUUCCAGUGAACAGCUGUGUGGAAGCUUUGGGGCUCACUGUGGUGGAGCUCACUUUCCAGGUGGGAGAGCGGGCGGCCGAGCGCCGGUGUGGGGCAAGUUUUAUCAGCCAGAGUCACAGAUAAGAAAAGUCGGCGGCGGGUGUUAAGUCAUUUACACAAUUUAUCGCUUCUUCGAAUGGGAAAGUAGGUGCGUUGCAUUCCGGAGUGGAGCUGUAACCGGACAGAUCGAACAAUGAACAAGCUGAGGGCCCUAUUGCCCGGUCAACAGUCGUCGGGAAAUGGCGCCUCCCGCCAUUCCGUGGCUCUGGAGCCGGAGAUCGGUUUCCAGAUCACCAUCGACACCCCCAAGAACUCAGAGCCGGACUUGAUUGGGGGCAAAAAUGCCUCGGGAGUGCCCGAACUCAAUGUACAUCUCAUUGCCGCCCGGCAUCUGCCGUCCCUCUUCGGCUUCAAGAUCGUUCAGGGCUAUUUGAUAAAGGUAAAGCUAUUUCCCGGAACGAAACGCCUGGACAGCAGUAUUCAGACCAACACGUGGCCAAAGUUCAAUGAAAACUUCAAGUUCCCGCUGGUACCAGAUAUCAAAUCCUCGAUGAAGCAUGUGGCUCGGCGGGGUGGCACAAAUGGUUCACAAAUGACUAGUUCCGAACCGGAGCCGGAAAACCUGUUCACCGGACAGUUUGUGGUCUUUACGGUCUAUGCUCUCUUGGAACUUCCGGCCUCAAACUUCAAUCGUUUUAACAAGACAUACCGCUCGCUGAAGGACAAGAGUACCAGUUUUGUCCAGCGUUUUGUGGACCCCACUUCGGGGGCUCCCAACGAGGCCAAAACGGAAAACGGAGCCGGCAAGCAAAAUGGCCAGGAUAAGCCCAAGAAAAAGACCGAGAGUGCGAGGGAUGCCAUGCCGCCAUUAACGAUAAGUGAAUCGCGAAGAAAUAUAGGUUCCGUCACCUGCUAUCUGGAGCCGAAGCUCUUCCAGCGCAACAGUCGAACGGGGAGCUAUGCAACGGAAGAGCUGUGGCUGCCUAUCAAAGAUAUCACCACAACGGUGGCCAAGUCGUCGCCCAGCAAUAACAAUCUUGUUAAUUCCGCCAAGGGCGUGGUAGAGCUGGCCCUUGAAGUGCGCGAUCUCCAGGAGUGUGAGGCACCUGUUGAUGCCACGAUGUCACCUGCAACACCUCCUCCAUCUCCAGCUCCAAAUCCCUUUCAACCAACAGCUUCCACCAACAACUGGCAACGUAUGACUGCGGAAGUAAAGCGAAAGAUGGGCCUUAGCAAUGCUGGUAACUCCGAUUCAGGGCGAUACCUCCUCCGGGUGACUACCACACGGAUGCGGUGUUCCAACAAGGUCAAGGACGAACUGGAGGCCACAGCCAGCUCGGGGGUCUAUGUGAAAACCACAGCCUUCGAGCAUGGCAUCUACAUAGAUGCCUGGAAGUCGUCCGUUUUCUUUCCCUCACUCUCCACCAAGUGGGACGAUGGAUCCGGCGAGGGCACCAUCGACAUUCCGCUCCAGAGACUCGAUCAGCUCGAGGAUAUCACUGUCCGAAUUACGUUGGCCACCAAGAAGAUGGGCAAAAAGCUGGUCCUGGGCACGGUUCUAAUCGGCGGCGACCAGGCGGGCGACACGGGCUCCGAGCAGAUGCGUCUCAUCAGGGAAUCCCCGCCUGGCCAGCGAGUUGCCGCCUGGCACUGCUACCAUUAAUCCCUCCCUGCCUCCCAGCCAAUGUAAAUAGCACCUACUUUUAGCCAAUUUAAAUCCAAAUUCCUUUGUGCGUCUGUGCAAAAGCACACAUGCCACUAAACGUGUGUACAAGUAUUUUCUUUUCGAUCGUUAAAAAAUAUUAAAUUUAAUUGCCGAUUGUAAAA